AGAGCGAGAGAGAGAAGCAGGCUCCCGGCAGAGCAGCGAGCCCCACGCUGGGAUCAUGACCCGAGCCAAAAGCAGGCGCCCAAUCGACUGAGCCACCCAGGCGCGCCCCAACUCUGGAGUUUCUUUCCAAUUUAAAGUUUUGGUGUAGGGCACGGUUCCCUCUGCGAUGACUCCUUGUAGCACUCCCCGAUUCGGCCAGCGCCUGGUGGGGGGGCGCUCAAGAGCCCGGCGCGGGUGGCCCGGCGGCCGAGAAGGAGGAGGAGCCGGAGGAGGAAGACAGGAGCCGGGUGGGCGCGAGCGGGCGAUGGUGCCGCCGCUGCUGCUGUUCCGGAGUGCGCGCCAGGCGAUCCCGGGGUCGGCGGAGGCUGCGCUCUGGGGUUUGAAGUCAAUAAAAGGAAGCUGCCACAAUUUUUGUACUGCUAUUUUUAAAGAUGUCACUUAUAAAGAACUUAAAAACCUCUUGAAUUCCAAAAAAAUUAUGUUAAUUGAUGUUAGAGAGACAUGGGAAAUUGUGGAGUAUGGAAAAAUUCCUGGGUCUGUCAAUAUACCACUGGAUGAAGUAGGUGAAGCUCUACAGAUGGACCCAAAAGAUUUCAAAGAGAAGUACAAUGAAGUAAAACCAUCCAAAUCUGACAGUCUAGUGUUUUCUUGUUUAGCCGGAGUGAGAAGCAAGAAGGCUCUGGACAUGGCCAUGUCUCUGGGCUUUAACAGUGCUCAACACUAUGCUGGAGGCUGGAAGGAAUGGGCAACCUAUGAAUUUUCAGAGAAGAAACACGAAAAUUGAAUUCUGGAAUACAAGUUGGCUCUUUCCGUGUGUACAUGCAGCCUAGGAUAGUGAAAUGAACGAAAGAAUAACAAUCUAGCCCUGGCAUCACUGGUUAAUGGAAGGGGAUUUUGUGUAAUUCAACUAUUUUUUGGAUCUUUUCCUUAACUGUAAGUUGAGAAUACUACUUGCCCUUGCCUAUUUCUAAAAGCUAUUGAGGAUUGAAAUAAUGUAUGUGACUUGCCAUGGAAAUAUAAGGGUUGGGAUUCUAGAAAUUAAUUUUUAAAUACUUUAGUAUAGUAUGAUAGUAUUUCCUAGCCCAGGUUACUUAUAGUACCUAAUCAUAAUGUAUGACCCUUUGUGUUAGCAUAGCUUCUAUUCAUUAAAGAGGCUAUGAGCUGGACAAGCUAUUUUUUUAAUGAUUAAAAUAUAUUUGUAAAUUUUCCCAUUUUAGAAAAUUCAUAAAAUUUAUUUUCCUGUAAUGAUACACAGUACAGAUAUUUCUGAUGGAUAUACCUUUCACCCAUAAUGAAUAUUUAGUGAAUAUUGACUAAAAUAAAAACAGCUAGUGAUCAGUUCUUGAACACCUUUUCUUGGCUUAGAUCCUAUGCUAAAUAUUCCAAAUGCUAAAAAGAUAAUAAAAAAGAUGUGAUUCUUCUCUGAAGAAGUUUGACUUCUAGCAGUACUAUAUAAAAGUUAAAUUUUAAAAAGCAGACUUUGUCUUGAAAUACCAAGAAUCUGAGAUCCAGAAAAGUAGGUGAAAUAUGAACAAUGAGAAUACAUUAACACCAUCCAAAGGCUUAUGGCGGUGUUGUAACCAGCAUGGUAGUGAUAGGAUUUGCAACUUAAAGAAUUAUUAUGAUCUAUAAAGAUAGAAAUAACAAAGCGAUUGCUUCUGUAGAGGGAAGAUUAACUGGAAAAAGCAAGGAGGGAAAUUUCUAGGGUGAUGGAAAUGCUUUGGAUCUUGAUUGAAGUGUUGGUACCUAGGUAAUACAUUUAUCAAAACUCACUGAACACUUUAAAACAUACAUUUUCUGUAAUUACAUCGCAAUUAAAAAUAAUGAAAAUAGGAAAAAAAGUUUAAUAAAAAAAAAAAGAAAUGACUCUCACUAGCAUGAGUAUAUGCCUUCGUGCACUGGUGAUACAACAACUCUGUGCUUUCUACCCUCUGGGCCUCUUCACACCCAAAUGUGUUUCGUCUCAUUCAGAUCAUGUAAAGCCUAGGAAGUAACUAUCAGGACUUGGUUUGUCCUAAUUGGUAUUAUAAAGCCCCUGGGGAAUCUGGAGGGAAGUGAUGUGACCACCUUGAACUUCUAUUUCUGAUAAUGUCUAGUUUCUAGCAGAGCAAACUCCCUAUAAGAACUAGAAAAGCUGGAAAGUAAACACACAAGCACACAUGCAUGCAUGCACGCUCCUCAAUGUUGGGUCAUCCUCUGUAGCUUUCCUGCUAUCUGGAGCAUAGCUCUUCAAAUCCUUGCUGCAUUAGUAAUUCCUUCAUGCCUUUAAAUUGAUCUUAUUUAUUUAUCUAUAUAAACAAAUGUUACUAGGAGAAAUAUACUAAGGUGGGAUUUGAAGAGCCACAAUCUCAGAGGGAAGUUGUGGUUGAAGCACUGGGCCCAUCAAGGAAUGAGAACCUGGGUAAAAACACCAGACGUUUAGUUGGAACCCCUGGGAAACUAUAUCCCAAGAGUAAAGGGGAACUAGAAAUUGACCAACCCUCAUAAAUUGUAAGACCAACUUUGAAUCAACGAAAUCCCUAAAUGAAUUCAGGUGAUUUUCCUGAUAACCUAAGGGCCUACCAGCAGGAAAUCCUCUCUUAGAGAAAGAUGUCGUCAUCUAGAGCAAGGGGUUGGCAACAAUAAAUAUUUUAGGUUUGUGGGCCGUAAGGUCUUUGUUGCAACUGCUGCACUCUGCUACUGUAGCAGAGCAUAGACAGUUCAUAAAUGAAUGAGUGUAGCUGUACCCCAACAAAACUACAGCCACUUAGGUUUGAAUUUUAUAUUUCAUGUGUUGCCACAUAUUAUUCUUUUAAUUAUUUUUCAACCAUUUAAAAAUAUGGCAAACCUUGUUAGCUCAAAGGCCAGGCAAAACUAGAUGGCAGGUAAGAUUUGGCCCAUGGGGCACAGUUUACAGACCCCUGAGGCAGAGCCACAAAUAUUCCCUACAGUUUGUCAUAUUCAAUGUUCAGAAUUCUAUAAAAUUUACUAGAAAUAGAAGUAAAUAAGACCUCAUGAUUGAAAAUAAGAAAAAAAAAAAAAA